AUGGACGAAGAGACCAGAGUUCUUUCCUUCAAGAGAACGCUAAUAGACGAAAUAGCAGUGGGAGAGACUCUUCCUAACGCAAGAAAACUGAAGAGGAUAGAUAAAGUGUUCAAAGACUUUAGGACUUCUGAGCUGGACAAUAAAGAGCCGCAGACGCCUCUCACUUUUUAUCAGAGCCCAACAGAAGAAGAGAGAAACAACAGCUGGAGACACGUUGAUUUUUUUCCAAAUAAAGAGCAUAUAAAAACAGAAGGAAGUACCACUACUAACAGUGGAGACUAUCCGUUCCUGUACAUAUCGCUGAAUAAAACGCCAGUGAAAGGAGCACCGUAUGUUCUCUACAGCACAGAUGGAUACAAAUACUACAUAAGGAAAGAAAGGGCAAAGGACAACACAGAUGCAUACGGAACGAUCAAAAGAGACGUAACUCCUGAGAAAAUAGGACUGUACAAGAACCUGGCACUGUUUCUAGAUAGAGACAACUUGGAUCUGGUGGAAAGCGACAAAAUGUCAAAAUUUACGAUAUCUCUGCCCAAUGCGCUGGAUGUAGCCAUACCUGAAAAGGGCAUGUCUGCAAUCCCCGUGCUCAGAGACCUAGAGGAGGUCAGGGCCAUAAGCACAAAAAAAAUGUACUUGGACAGAGUGGAUAUGGCAACGGGGAAAAUAGACAACUACAUUCUUCAGUGCAAGGAUUUUCACGCAAAGUUCAAAAGGAUAGCAAACACAUGGCACCCCCAGCAGUACAUAUGCACAUCUCACAGUACAGCAUCGAUUGUAGAUCUGCGGGAGAAAGUGUCGAAUGUUUUCUGGUACUCCAAAGACCCCAAACUGGUAAUCGAGAGGGCAGGGUUCAAAAGACAGCAUAAAGCAGAGAAAGGGCUGGAAAGCAAAAUACACAUCACAUCAGGGAAGACAUUGGGGACAUUUGACAUGAGAAACCUCUCCACAAUAUACGGAGAAUACAAUACCUUUGUGAAUUUAGGAGUUCUUUCUGUAAGCAGAAACAUUGCAGUGUACAAUUCGUACGGACACUUUUAUUUCCAAAAUAGCACAGCACCUGAAAAUAACGUACUAAAACUGUACAAGUUUAACGCAGGGGAUAAGUUCAUAGGGUUUGACUGGUGCGGCGGCUUUGGGAGCCAUCCGUACACAAUGGCUGCCUUUUUGUUCCACAACAGACUGAACAUUUACUGCGGAGACGGGAGCACGAUGGUGCACGAAAUUAAGCCAGAUAAGUUCAUCACAGGGCCUCCAGAGUCCACCGAAAGAAUUAAAAACAUAAUGAAAAAAGGCGAGGGCAUGAAAAUGAUGGUAGAAACAAAAACACGAGCAAAAAAGGAAAGAGAAAAGAAAGUGCACAAGACAUACAGUUUGCUAGAAAGAUCGCUACUGAAUGGAUUUAGAGACCCAUUAGAAACAGAUAAAGGCAGCGAUGUGGUCACAGAGCCCACAAAUCUCAUAGGAAAAGUGAUAGGCUACACCAAGCUAAUAGAUUUUGUGUCAAUGCAAGAGAAAGCAGCUAUAAAAAACAAAAAUGCCAUGAAAGAGCAAAGCCAAGCAGACUCUGAUAGAAAUAGCCAGAGAAACAGCCAGGCACAGUGA